AUGUCCAACAAUCAGCAUAAAAACUUCUCACCAGAAGCUGUCAGUCUACUCGCUCAUAUGAUGAAUAUGACCUUGAACAAAGCUGAACAGUUGUCUCAAUACAAUCAACUACCGAUUGAAAAGCCAAAGAUUUAUGAGAGUUCCGAGAUGAAAGAUAUUAAUAAAGCUCCAUCUGAAAAUGCAUCGUCAUCGGUUCCAAGAAUCAAUUCUUUAGUGUGUGGAACACAGGUAAACACUAUUGAUUUUGCUAGUUAUUUAAAUGGAGAUUUGGAUUUUGUUUUAACUUUACCGAUUUUUGGUCCCAAAGUUUCGGAACAUCAAAGGGAACCACCUGCUGCUGAACUUGGCGUUGAUGGGGACGUGCUCUCCGCAAGUAUUAUGACUGGGCCAAAGAAUAGGAAAAUUCAAAUACCAAAAGAAUGCCCAAGUGCCACAUUUAACUAUAUGAUGAAAGCACGGAAAGAUAAUAAAGAUAUUUUUAUUCCUGCGAAGAUCGUAGUAACUCAGUUACGAAAGGCAGGUAUUGAUAUCAGUUUUUAUCUGGAAACACAAUUACAUCCUGAACUUCCACCACUCUACCUUCGCAUUUUCUGUCCUAAUUAUGAGCCAAAACAGGUGUGGAUCAAUGGAAAAGAAUGCAUUCAUUGA